GGUCAAAACUCCGUACUCUUAAGACUAAGGAACUACGAAAAUUAUCGAAGCACGUGAAAAAUCUAUGUCGAGUUGUUGCCGUUGAACGAUGCCUGCCGCCUCUACAAAAGCAGAGAAACAAGUCAAUUCGGAUGCUGGGGAUCCAAUGAAACAGAUCCUAGCAGUUUUAGAAAAAAAAGUUCGAAAUCUUGAGAAAAGAAAGGGAAAGUUAGAUGCUUACAGGGAGAAGCAGGAUAAGGGAAUUCCGUUGGAGAAAGACCAGCAGGUUGCAGUUGACAAGUACAAUGAAGUUGAACAGAACUUGAUCUUUGCUCAAGAACUUAUGAAGCAGUUUCUUUCUAUCAAUGCUGAUGCUGAAAAGUACAACAAGAAGCAUGCAAAGAAGGAAAAGUUGGAACGUCAGACUGCUGAACUUAAACGUGUGAAGGAGAUGUUGAGGGUUCAAAAUCUUCUUGACGGUCUAGGUUCAGAUCAAGUGAGAAGUGAUUUCCAGAAAGGCAGACAUGGAGCUGUGGUUUUGUCGGAAGAAAAUCUUAAUCAGUUAGACGAUUUGUAUAAACUGAUUAAUCCAUCUCGGGAAGCUGACGUUGAUCAUCUAGCUCAACUAACCACUGCCGCAGAUCAUGUUGUCAACUUAAUUGAUGCAAAGGAGAAAGAAGUAGUAGGAACAACAUACAAGGUAUUAAAGGCACUCAUUGAUGAUAUUAGUGGGUGUGGCUACUUUGAACAAGCUCUCAAGGAAGAAACUGCAGAGGAGUGCAAUACGGAACAGGAAUUUGUGGUUGUCAACUCUCAGGAAGUUCCUGAACCAGACUCUGUAGAGGUUCAGUCUGCAUUACCACCAGAUGUGUCUGAAGAACAACCUGAAAUGACAACAGAAAAUGGACAACCAACAAUGAACAAUUUACAGGACCCAGAUUCUUUUUUCUCAGAAGCUCCAACGGCAACAACAACACAACAAGAUGUCUCUUACCAACGCCAGCGACCAUUCCAAGAAAUAGUCUCUUCAGUUCAAGGCAACUUUAAUUUUUUACAAGAAUCAACAAUAGAUAUGGAAUGUGUUAGUCUGCAGCUAUCAGCCAUGGACUGUUCCCCUCACAUGGAUCCAGCUGUGGUAGCAGCACAUCCAAUGCCAGGUAGACCACAAUCAAGACAGACCGAUAGUGGUAUGUCACAGACAUUCACCAACUCUGGUUACGGAGGAGAUGUUCAUCAGCAGCAACAAACACCAUCAUUAUCACAGACAACAGAAACACCACAGUCAUAUUCACAACCUGGGCAUUCAUCACAAUCAUAUGGACAAAACAGUGCAGACUCUUUAUUCAGUCAGGACACUAUUUCACAAAAAGUUUUAGGACAAAGUGUGCCGGAUUCAACAAUUUCCCAGUUUGAAUUGCAUUCACAGCCCUUACCUAUGCCACCUGGUCGCGAUUCCAAUCAACAGAACUCACAGUCCUCCGAGUCCCAAGCAGAUAAGAAAUUUACCAUGAAUCCAAAUGCAGGAGUAUUCCAGUCUCAGUUAUACUCAUCCUCUCACACAGAUGGUGAAGACUCACCACAAAAUGAACAAUCAGAAGGAGGUAAUUUCCAGUCAGGCAAUAGUUAUAGAGGGAACCAGUGGAAAGGACGUGGAGGUAGAGGUGGUGAUCGAGGUGGAAUGUCAAACGGAUAUGGUAACAGAAAUAACCGUGGAUCAGAAGGCAAUUAUAGGGGUGGAAACAGGGGUGGUUACCAAGGCUACCCACCAAGAGACAACUAUCGUCCUGAUGGUUACCAAGGUUACAAUGGCAACUAUUCUGGUGGUGGAGGAUUUAAACGUGGUCAAUCACGGGGUGGACCUCGGGGAGCAGGAAGAGGAGCUCCAAGAGGUGGCCGUGGAAGUGGAAGUGGACAUCGUGGUAGCUCAUCAGGUGGCUUUGGAAAGCCACAGGCACAACAAGUGUCAUAGACAGCAUGUCGGCAGCUUUUAUAUAUAUUAAGUUGUGGAUGAUUCAGCAUGUGGACUUUGAUUUAUUUUUUAUAGCAUUCUUAAUAGUUGGUCUUUGGGCAAAUUUGAUAACAGAUUUUCAAAGCUUUUUGUUUUCCUUGGGCUUUAAAUGUUUGAACCAUGCAUUUGUUAACAAAAUCUGAACAUCCUCAUUUCACUUCAAAAUUUAAAUUAAAUUUCCUAUAAAUUCAUUAAUGUAUUGAUUGUAAGGGGUACUUUUAAAAUUUGUAUGUGUGUAAAUGUGUCAGACCACUCUUUUUUGUCCACAACUUGAUGUAUAAGUAGCAUAAUUCUGCCAUUAUAGACGUGGCAAGGCAAUAUUCAACGGCAAACAACGUUUAAACCUAAGUUGUGAUUGUACAGAUUAAAAUGAACAUCCUAUGAAAGUGCUUCACUCAGAUGAUUUUUUGUACUUUAAUAAUGUGGUGUUGUAGAGACUGAUAUGAACUCUUUUGUACAAAAAUUGAUCAGGAAUUGAUUCAAUACCAAGUAACUUGCAUAUUUUUUGUUUAUUCAUUCAGUGCUAUGGUUUUGUUUAUAUUUGCAUCUUUGAACAAAACACAAAAGUCAAUCAAAAAUAGUAUUGAUUGCAUCCAGCAUUUUUGUCAAAAAAUAGAAAAAAAAAUUUUGAAAAAAAAAAAAGAAAAAUUUUCAGACAAUGAUGAAACUUUGAAUGGUGUUAUUCAGAUUGUGAUAUAGUGAUAUAUCGGUGGAUAAUGUUUCUGUAAUAUUUGUAACAUUUGAAGUUGUGCAUUAAAAGUUUCAUUUAAAUAUA